UAUUCAAAUGAAACGCUUUAAAACGAAGUUAAAUGCUUUGAAUGCUACAAAUGCUUCAAACACUUUAGUUAGUUCAGUUCCUAAAAUGUCCGCUAUGAGCCUCUACUGUUUCUAAUCAAAAGAUGAGAGCGUAGUAUAACUCAAUAUUGAAUCAAACAUAAUUUUGUCUUCAAGUGGUAUAACUCAAAAUAGGAUUGAAUAAAAAAUUUAAUUUUAAUUACUUAAAUAUCCUAAUAGCGGAUUAAAUAAAUUUCUUCGCAAGAUUACACUACUGAAGGAGUGAAUAAACUUAUGAAUACCAUACUUGUGCGCAACAGCUGAUACACUAUAAGUAUUUUCAGUUUUUCAAUUUAUCAUGGCUGGUUCAAUGAUGGAAGUGUGCAAAAUCCUUGGAAUCGACAGGGUAGACAUGAGUGAUAGAAAGAUUGUCAUCGAGGAGCAACAUGGUAGUAAUGCGAACUUCCUGGUGCAGUCUGUCUUAUCAAAUGCGUUGAAAAAAAAGGAGUCUGUUUGUCUUGUUCUCUGUCACAACACUAUCGGCCAUUAUCACAAUAUUGGCGUACGAUUUGGCUACGAUCUUCUAAAGCUAAUUGAGAUGGGCCAGGUUAGAGUCGUCGAUCUUAUGAAGAUAGUGCUCAAUGAUAUUGACAAUACGUGCAAUAACGUUCCCACAAAAGGCAUGAUAAUUCCAAAUGUCACUUGCACGACGUAUCCAGAAAUUGCGGAGAGGCUUGCAGUGCAGAUCAAAGAGAAGUGCGAUGAUGCAGAAAGGCGUAACAGCCCUAUUAUUCUCAUUAUCGAAGAUAUAAAUCAUCUUCUUGAUCUCGGUCUCAGUGUGCGCGAUACUAUAUUCUUCGUGAGAUGUGUAGAGACAUAUAUAAACAUGCGUCCCAAAUCGCUACUUUGUAUCCUCGCGCACACAUACGGAAAGAAGAAUUCUGAGUGUUCAGAUACGGACAUGAUUGUUAACGCGUUAAAAUAUGAGUCGGACCUAUGCGUUACGACCGAGCCACUGAAAACGGGUCACUCCAAUGACGCAUCCGGUAAACUGAUUGUCCACUGGACAGUAAACGCCGUCAGAGCGAUGUACAAUUGGCCGGAGAGAAUGACAUAUCUGUUUAAAUUGCUAGAUUGGCAAGUGAAGAUUUCUACGCCCAGCGCAAUGUCGUAAGGUGGUUUAAUAUUUGUUUUUUCUAUGUGAAUUUUUAUAUAACGUUUAUACAUAUAUAAAAAAAUACAAAAUUAUAUAUGCCAGCUGUAUUUCAUAUUGCAAUUAAUUAAGCAUUGAGAACAUAUUGUUGUUCCUUUUCUUCUUCUACGUUAAUUUAUAACGCACAUUUUACUUUCCGAUUUUGUUCGCGAAAAAAUAAAUGAUUACUGUUGUUAUAUUAUGAAAAACAUGAGACGUUACUUAUGCGAUUAACUUUAGGCACAUUUCACGUCGCUAUAUUCAGUUUUUAUCAUUGCGAUUUAUUACGCGUGUACCGCUAACGUAUGCUUGCUUGUCAAAGAAUAUUCUUCGCUUAUCGUAUAAAUGGGUAAAAAGCAGAGCAUCUACGAAAAGCCUGGUAGUUUGGAGUAUUACAAAUUCAGCGCGGAAGAGUACGCGCUGAUUAAAAAUGUAUGGUCGGGUAUUGAAGUCAAUCCUCAAUUUCACGGCAACGCGUAUCUCAGAAGCUUCUGCGAGAUGUAUCCACAAUACGUGAAAUUUUUCACGUUGGAGCCUACGUUGCCGGUGAACUUCGACGCGCGUACCACAGCAAAGUUUUCGAUAAUCAUGGAAAGUCUGGGUCACCUCCUAUUGGAUUUUAAUAAGAAGCCCAAACGAUUAGAUCGAUUUGUCGGUUACAUAGCUAUGGUACAUAAGGACAUGCGAUUAGAGGAACAAGAUAUGCGUGUACGUCUUGCACAGAAUUUACUAGCUUUUUUUUAACAGAUAAUUUAAGUGGACUAGCCAUAAGUUUCUCCCUUAGAGUUUCGAUGACAGAUCAAUUGCUGCUCGCCGUUCAUAUAUUUUUGUUUUGUUAAACUUUUCGUUUAGAACGUUGUGGUGUGGUUAUUAGAAUACCUGUUAAAGACGUAUCCAACGCAGAUGACUGCGCAGUGCCAGGAAGCAAUAUCCAAGUUUAUGGAUAGUAUGAUAAAGGAGCUCUCCAUAAAGAUGGAAAUCUUCCGCGGUUACGACGUCGCAAAACCGGACGUAACGAUACAAAUCAAAUCGGUAAAAGACACGCAAUUUCUUUUCGCGACGAUAAACGUUAUAUAUAAAACUGUACAUCGCUACUUCUAGUUGAGAAAUCAGCAAGAUAAUUAUUAUAUAAAUUCUAUCAUAAUAUUUUACAUCGGGGAGUAACGCCUUUUCAAAAAUAUUUAGCUGUUAAAAGAUCCGUCCGCAUUUUCUUUCUCUCUUUUACCUCGAUAAUUGUACAGAAUAAAGUCAAAUAUUUCUUUUC